AUGAAUAUUGUUAAUUCUAACGAUAAUAUUAAUAAUAACAACAAUAUUAGUAAUGACAAUAGUUUAGAAACUGAACCAAUUCUUGUUAAUGACAACGAUACUCCUUUGGAAAAUUUGAACACUAAGGAAGAGAGUGUAGCGGCUGCGCUUGUUUUUGCUAAUAAAGAUUCCACUGAUCGUAAUAAAACAACAUCACCUUUAAUAAAUAAUCUAACAACAAAUGAAUUACCAACUUCCGGAGCCUCUGUCUCAUCAUCUGCAGGCGAAGGCAGCAGCCGGGGAGUUAGGAGAAAUUCUCAAAGUAAGACCACUGAUAAUAACAAUUCAAAUAGCUCUUCAGAAUAUGAAUGUAAUAUUUGCUUUGACACAGCUGGAUCUCCUGUUCUUACAGUUUCACAGUCAUUAAAUCCUUUAUGCCCAGUUUGUAAGGCAGGGUGUGGACAAGACAAAGUGAUACCUGUAUAUGGACGUGGAAAAGAAGCAAAGGAUCCUAGAAAGAACUCAGAUAUUCCUAAUCGACCAGCUGGCCAAAGACCUCGGCCACAAAGAGAUCCAAAUCUACCUAGUACACAGUUUUUCCCUGGAUUAAACAUUCAUUCAACAACUCUAAUGCCACACUUCUCUAUUUCUGUCAGUACAAUUUUUCCUACAGUUUUUAGCCCACAAAUAACAUUUCCGCCUGCUAAUGGUCCUCCUUCGGAACAACAAGCAUUCUUAUCAAGAAUUCUUUUUAUGCUUGGAGUUCUCAUACUAAUAUGUUUUUAUUUCAAUUAA